AAUGGACGACAUCUCAUUGGCUUCCUUACAGCCAAUAAUAGGACGCUGUUGUCUCCGAAUUUUGAUUGACAGCUUUAUUAGCCAAUGAGAAGCAACAGAACGCGUGCAUGUGACGCGCCUGGGUAAUGCUUCCCCAAGGGUCCUUAUGUCAGCUAGAGACGCCCGGAAUGUUUUGAAUGUAACACAGGAAGUCCGUCUAACCAGAGACAGUUUGUUGGUUUAAUUGUUGGAUACAUUUUUUCACGGAGAAACAUCAAAGUGACAGAUGCUGCAGGGUGAGACAGACAGUACAAAGAUGAAUGGACAGGAAAAUACUGCUCAAUGCAACACCUGCAAACGAUGGUUCUUCCUGAUGUCCUUGAACACACACGCCAAAAUCUGCGAAAAGUUAACAUCCAAAAAGAGGCAGGUUUUUGACUCCAGGAAACAGAGAGUUAAGGGCACAGACAUUGCAGCGUUCUCACAAAAAUCUAAACAUUUUUCUGCUACAGUGACAACAGAAGCAUCCAAGAAGACUAACAACUGGCGUAAGACACAUGAGGACCUAAUCGCAACUGUGCGGGCUGCCAGGGCAUGCAGCAGAGCCAUGAAGGAGGGGGUACCUUUACCCCCGCCUCUUCCUGCUCAGGUUAACCCAGAUUAUAUUCAGUGCCCUUACUGUCAGCGGAGGUUUAAUGACAUUGCAGCUGGAAAACACAUUGAGUUCUGCAAGAAGCAAGCCCUCCGUAUGCCCAAUAAAAGCAAGAUAGGAAGCACCAAGAAGGCCCCCAGUCGCACACAGUACAAGCCUCCUGCCCCUGUGAGGGUGCCCAGUUCUCCUGCAAUGUCUUCCAUUCCCUCAACCUCUAGUUUACAGCAGCGAUCGGGUCCUAGACAGCCCACUAGGAUCCCCUCUAGGAGGGUCUCCUCUUCAGGUUCAGAUAAUAGUAAUCCUUCCGGCCCUGCAAGUCCUCUAUCAGGUGUGGAAACGAAGACACGAUCAGGGCACUCUGGCUUUGGCUCCGUGAGGAACAAUCUUCCUGGAAUAGGUCUCAGCAAGAAGAGAGUAGACAACGAUGUGUAUCAGAAUUACGCCAAUGGUGCAAAUGAGGCGGACAAUGGUGGAAUGAAGGGCAAGUUCUGUUACAAGUGUGGUUCCAAGUAUCCUGUCGACUCGGCCAAAUUCUGCUGUGAAUGUGGGGUCAAGCGGUUGUAUGUAUGAUGGCUGUCAGGAGGAGGAGUCAGGGGAACAAAUCCUCACGUUGCAAACUCCAAUAUAAUUUAUUAUUUGGAAAUGCUUAGUCAGCAUUUUCCAACUGUUGUUGUCCAGUGUGUAGAAGUUAAAACGAUGUGGGCUUGGCCAAGACAAGAAGUGAAUGGAACCCUUGUGGGUGGCCGUGACAUGGCAGAGCAGCCAUGGAUCAAAGGCAACAAUGUCUGAAAAACUGCUAAAUGUUGAGCACAGUUUCAAGAAUGAUCAAAAUUCUGUUGCCCCAGCAACUUGUACAGAGAUAAAAUGAUUUGCCCCAAUCAGCAGGCAUGUUCAACAUGUCUCCACUUUAAAUCAAGCCCUGGUGGCUCAUCAAUACCACACUCCAUUGGCUCUCAGUAAAGUUCCCUAUCACUUACAAAAUCCCCUCAUCUACAAAUCCCUCCACACUAUCACAGUACCUGUCUAAUCUUCUCCACCCUGAUGCUCCAUCCUGGAACCUUCAGUGCACAGAUUCAUUUGCUCACAUUCCCCCAUACCACCCUGAAAACCUACAGUUUAUGGGCGUUAAGAGUAGCAGGCUCCACCCUCUGCAACUCUUCCCGAACAGAAACCCAUCCCGUGACAAAGGCUUGUCACAACUCGACUCAUUCCCCCAAAGUAUUCUGCUAUUUUCUGCCAUUUGUUUCAUAUUUUCCUGCAGCAUUCAUCUUCUAAAUUUCAAUUUUGCCUUGGAUGAGCCAACUUCAACAUAAAUGACUUUUCCCUAAAUGAAAGGAACCUCGUAGAAUAAGCUGCACUCUUCAGCAUGCUUCUUGAAAUGUUACAA